GCCGGGGUCGGGGGGCGGGGCGCGGUAGCGCGCGCCCGCGGUGGGAGAGCGCGCGGCGUUGAGGGCCCUGCGAAGGGCCGGUCUGCACGCGCUGGUGCUCGGGCUCCUUCUCGGGGGUCGGACAGGGCCAGCGCAGUAGGCUUGGGCCCGGCGGGAGCGAUGUUCGUAGCGCGCAGCAUCGCGGCGGAUCACAAGGAUCUCAUCCACGAUGUGUCCUUCGACUUCCACGGGCGGCGGAUGGCGACCUGCUCCAGUGACCAGAGCGUCAAGGUCUGGGAUAAAAGUGAAAGUGGAGAUUGGCAUUGUACUGCUAGCUGGAAGACACAUAGUGGUUCUGUGUGGCGUGUGACGUGGGCCCAUCCUGAGUUUGGACAGGUUUUAGCUUCCUGCUCCUUUGACCGAACAGCAGCUGUUUGGGAAGAAAUAGUAGGAGAAUCGAACGACAAACUGCGAGGACAGAGUCACUGGGUGAAGAGAACAACUUUGGUGGAUAGCAGAACAUCAGUUACCGAUGUGAAAUUUGCUCCCAAGCAUAUGGGUCUUAUGUUGGCAACCUGUUCAGCAGAUGGUAUCGUAAGAAUAUAUGAGGCGCCCGACGUGAUGAACCUCAGUCAGUGGUCUCUGCAGCAUGAGAUUUCAUGUAAGCUGAGCUGUAGUUGUAUUUCCUGGAAUCCUUCAAGCUCCCGUGCUCAUUCUCCCAUGAUAGCUGUAGGAAGUGAUGACAGUGGCCCAAAUGCAAUGGCCAAGGUGCAGAUAUUUGAAUAUAAUGAAAAUACCAGGAAAUACGCAAAAGCAGAAACUCUUAUGACUGUCACUGAUCCUGUGCAUGAUAUUGCAUUUGCUCCGAAUUUGGGAAGGUCUUUCCACAUUCUGGCUAUAGCCACCAAAGAUGUGAGAAUUUUUACUCUAAAACCUGUGAGGAAAGAACUGACUUCCUCUGGUGGGCCAACAAAAUUUGAAAUCCAUGUAGUGGCUCAGUUUGAUAAUCAUAAUUCCCAGGUCUGGAGAGUGAGUUGGAAUAUAACGGGAACAGUACUAGCAUCUUCAGGAGAUGAUGGCUGUGUGAGAUUGUGGAAAGCCAAUUACAUGGACAACUGGAAGUGCACUGGUAUCCUGAAAGGUAAUGGGAGCCCAGUCAGUGGGAGUUCCCAGCAGGGAAACGCAAACCCUUCCCUAGGCUCAAACGUUCCAAAUCUGCAAAAUUCAUUACAUGGACCUUCUGCUGGCAGAAAGCACAGCUGAGUACAAGCUAACGGAGUAACUUUGCUGUUUGCUGCUUGUUGCAUGCACACGGGAAUGGAGAGCGAGCUCCUUUUCCCCUUCCCCAGCGCCGUUUGACCUCUCCCAAGAUACACCAGCAGCCUGCUUACUACUAAACGCAGUCCAAAAGGCCUUUAAAAAACCAUGUAUUUCAUUUUUUUGUACUAGCUAGUUUAUUGACACUAUUUGAAACUUUUGAAAUAUAAAUGGAGAGGCUUUUUGUUGAGACAUUGUCACCACAAGUUUUUUGAAAUGUUCCUGAAACUAACAGGAGUUUAAAAGUUUUUAAAAGGAUAUCAUCCUUAUAGCUGGGAGGAGGGAAAAAUAUCACUUGGUUCCAAUUGGAGAAUAUAGGCUUGUUUCUUUUGUUUCCUAAAAGAGUAAGCUAAAAAGAUGAAUUUCUAUAGUUUCAAUUUGAAGACUGAAUAAGUAAUUUUCAUAAGAUUGUUUUGAGUGCUAAUUUGUUUACCUUUUGUAGAAUUGGUUUUUUUAUCAUAUUAUUCAGUACAACUCUGUCAUUUCUUUGUAAUACUUAAAAAAAUUAGUAAAGGAGUGAGAGAAAUAGUAGUAGUAAAAUGAAAGUAAGUUGACUGUACAGUUUGUAGCAAAGUAAAGCAUUUGGUAUUGCUUCAUUUAUAAUUUGGUAGUAAAAUGAAAACACCUUUGUAAGUUUUUAAUGAGUAUUCACUAAAGAGAUAAAUGUUUGUGAUAAUGUGCUUGUAUAUUUUUAUGGUGUGAUUCCAUGACUUAAGGUUUCCUCCCCAAGUCAAAAUUUGGAAACAUACUAUAAUUUGAAAAGAAGUUAAAAUUUUGCUAAAAUUGUGCAUGCAAAUGGACUUCAACCUUUCAUGUUGCAGGAUUUUCUUAACUUAGUUAGCUGUUUCCAUUAAUGCAUAUCCUCUAGAGCUCUGAUGUUGAUGACAAAGCUGUAAAUUUUCAAGUUUGCUAAAAUAUAUAUUACGGGUAAGUGAUAAAAUGGCAGAAGACUAACAAUAUGGCAUUUCUUUGAGCCCUUUUAUGUAUGAAAAUUCUGUAGUUAAAGUUUUUGCAGAACUAUUCUGUAUGUUCAGUGAUUGUAUUUCUUCAACAGUAUGUUGCAAUAGUAGCUAUACUAUGUGAAGUAUAUUUGAACAAGUUCUCCGUAUCACGUGUGCACAGAAAAAGGUGCGCCUGCUGCUGCUACAAAUGAAAGCACUGCGCAGAAGAGCUUAUUAGAUGUGUACAUUUACAGGAUAGCAUCACAUAUGUUUCUGACAAAGUAGAAAAUAUUUUAAAUAUAUAAAAUUAAUGUCUUUAUUUGUAAAAUUCAUACUGAUGAUCUUUUAGAAACAGUUUAACAGAUUAUAUUCUUUCAAGUUUCUACACUUGCUUAAGCAAUCUUGAUUUGAGUAAGGGUCUUGAUUUUUGCUAUUAUGUUCUGUUAGUUUUGGCAUGAGUAUACUAAACUUUUUUUAUUUCCAGCAUGUGUUUUCUCCUCUUUGGUUCUCUUUGUAUUUACUACUUUUCUCUUUUUCUUCUGUUUUUUCCUUUUUUUUUUCUCUGUUGUUUUUGCUUUGUUUUGGUGUUUUCGUUCCUGUCUUCCUUGUUUCAGGUAUUUCUUUCCCCCUCUGGAUUCCCCAAGGGCUGGAUCGCGAUGGUCCAGUUCUGCCCAGCUCCCUCCUCCUCCUCUGGUAGAGCACUCUUGCGAUGCUGCCACUGCCAGCCUCCAGCAUCCUCACCCUCGCAGAUAU